UUCUGUCCUCUGGGUGUCGCUGUGGUUCCGGCUUCUGGGCUCAGUCCAUCAAGAUCCGGUAGCGGCGAACAUACCGGUGACCGGAGGAUUGCAACAUGGCCUGGAGGAGCUGCUCGGUGCUCUGCAGACUGACCGGAGGAGACCCGUUCCUUUGCUCCGUGAGGGGAGGAAGCAGGUGGCCCGGCAGCCUCCAGCAGAGAUGUGGCUUCAGGAAAGCCGCCAGGAAACCAGAACCAAAGAAGCCGGAGGACCUGGUCCCGGCCCACUCUGAGCCCGUGGUCCAGAACCGGGCCCCCAUGCAGCCUCCCUUCAGCUCCCCGCGGACCUUCAGCCGACUCGUCAGGCCGUUCCUCUUCACCGUGGGGUUUACAGGCUGCUCCUUCGGCGCCGCGGCCAUCUGGCAGUACGAGGCGCUCAAGUCCCGCGUCCAGGGCUACUUUGACGGGCUGCGAGCCGAUUGGCUGGAGAGGGUGCGGCCUCAGAAACGAGGAGAUCUGCGCAGGGAGAUCAACCAAUGGUGGAACAGCCUGACGGAGGGCCAGAAGACCGUCACAGGAAUCAUCGCUGCCAACGCGGUGGUGUUCUGCUGCUGGCGGGUUCCCUCCCUGCAGCGCCUCAUGGUCCGCUACUUCACCUCCAACCCCGCCUCCAAGUCGCUCUGCUCGCCGAUGCUCCUCUCCACCUUCAGCCACUUCUCCUUCUUCCACAUGGCCGCCAACAUGUACGUCCUGUGGAGCUUCUCCACCAGCGCCGUCUCCAUGCUGGGCCGAGAGCAGUUCAUGGCCGUCUACCUGUCUGCAGGUGUCAUCUCCACCUUUGUCAGCUACGUCUGUAAGGUGGCCUCCGGGAGGUUCAGUCCGUCUCUGGGAGCGUCCGGCGCCAUCAUGACCAUCCUGGCUGCGGUUUGCACCAAAAUGCCUGAAGCCAAGCUGGCCAUCAUCUUCCUCCCCAUGUUCACCUUCAGCGCCGCCAACGCGCUGAAGGUCAUCGUUGCCAUGGAUGCGGCGGGCUUGGUGCUGGGAUGGAAGCUGUUCGACCACGCCGCCCAUCUAGGCGGCGCCCUGUUUGGGAUAUGGUACAUCCUGUUUGGCCACGACCUGAUCUGGAGGAACCGGGAGCCCUUCGUCAAACUUUGGCACGAGCUGAGAACGCGGGGCGGCGGCGGCGGGCCGGGAGGCGCCGUAUAGGAGCAGAACCAUCAGAACUGUGGGAACCAGGCACUAAUAUAGCAACAUGUAAAGAUGUAUAAAUGUACAGAGAGAACCUCUGAAGAUCCCCGGACCAGGAACCGUACGGGUCGGUGUUUGAGCCGCUGGAGGACUGUCUUUGGUUCUGCUCGGUUCUGUCGGACUUUAAACGGACCUUUCCACACCAAGAACUGCAGUGGGUCGGUUCCUGAUCAGGUAUUUAUCCAGAUCAUGUGUAAUUCAAGCCCGAAGCAGGGAUUUAAGGUUCUGGUGAGUUUUGUAGAAAAAAAAAGAUUUUUAUUCUUUGUGGCUGGAGCUGAAAACGAGACGUCCAAUCAGAUCAGGAGGAGGAAGCGCUCUGAUUGGCUGGAGGCUCCGAGUCCUCGCCGCUGUUCUGCUCUUUAUUUAUUGUUGUUUUCUUUCAAAUAAAACCUGAAAUGUUGGUAA